UCAUUUACUGGUGUGGAAGACAGACUAUGUGAAGACAUUUUAUCCGAAAAAGAUUUUUUCCUUUUCUAUUUGGAGAGGUUUUGAACCCCCGUCUGACAGCCAGACAUAAAGUUGCUAUGGAAACGCCUAUGUGUACAUUUAACCCAGAGAAAACGAGAGAGCAUCUUGAUUGGUUGAACUAUUGGGUAUUUUGAUUGGAUCAAAAUGCUUCGUUUGGUGUUUCAAUUGGUGAGUUCUAACAAGAGAUUUGAUUGGGUUAGUUCUUCAACGCUUAGAAGCAAAUGACUUUGUGUUGGAAACACAAACACGCAGAGUGAUUUUAUCAGGUGUUUGGGCAAAAUACAGCAAUCAGAACGAAAGGAUUGGCUAAUAAAUGCACAAAUAAAGUGUUAACGCCAGAAGAAGAAUACUAGACGCCAUUGUGGAUAAUAAUGAUUGUCCAAAAACUACAGAUUUACUUCAUGCAUUUAUGACUUGAGUCAAAUUCAAUCAUCAAACUGAAGGUGCUCACAAGACAUCAUAUAUCAAAUGACGUAUGCUAAAGGUUCACUAUUUUUUGGCUAAUGGUUGGAUAUUCAAGUUGCUCACACACAACAUCAUUUGAAUAGCAGCAUUCAGAUUUAUAAGCUCAAUCAACGUUACAAAGCUAUGAUACAAUGUGAUGUAUGUGAUUUCAAUGGCUUACUCUUGAUUUUAAGGAUUUACAUCUUGAAUUUAUGUUGAUAGAUCUUGAUAAAUUGUCUGAUGUUUCAUGGAAACAUAGCACAACAUUCUAAGUAAACCAUUUAAAGAAGAUUCAUUAGCCAUGUUUGGAGGACAGUGGAAUAAGUAUUAAGAUGAGUAUUAAUCAAGACCAUGAGCGUCUUUGGUUGGCCCAAAGGAAAAAGUCUGCUUCGACCGAAAAGAAUUUUUUAGAUCCAUAUGCUCUAUAUGGCUUCUUCUCAGAUGCAACAUCGGAGAGGAACUUUAGUAGGAGAGCCAAAAGUGCAACUGUAAGAUCUACUUCACAUUACAACCCAUCAAGACACAGAAAUCAUGGCCAUCCACCUGGAUACAAAACUCCUGAUUUCCAGAUUGGGAACCCUACACCAACACCAGCAACGUCAAGACCUGCUUCAUCCAGAAGUGGAUACAGCUCCGCACGAUCAGAAAAAAUUGACUUGUCCUCUCCAACUGCUUUUUAUUUGCAUUCGCAAAGAACUCGCUGUAAGUCAGCACCACCACCGAAAUAUGUUCCAAGACGACCUCAGACUUCUAAGUCUAGUUAUAGAAAAGGAUCAGCUGCAACAUCUAUCAGAAGUGCUCCACAACGAGCUUGGGAACUAAGGACUAACUCAGCCACAAAUCAUCGGUCAUUAUUAUCUCCAAAGGAGGUUGAAAAAAGGCACAAAGAGCGCUGUAAAUCUGCACCCUUGCCUUAUGAUUUUAGCAGGAUAGAACUCAUAACUGAAGUGCCUGAAAAUGGCACUGAUUUUGAUAGACUUCAUGCUAUGACUAAGCCUUUAGCUUGCAUGCCAAAUAUUGUCAAAAAUGCAGUAACUCAUAAUGGAUUAAGGCACUGUUGUUCGGCAUACGAUACCAGAACCACUAUGACUCCUGAAACAAGAAAUCAGUUUUGGCCAGUACCACGACGAACAGUAUAUCAUCACAGAGGGUUUGUACCCCAGUACUUCAGUUUUGUCAAGCCACUUCAUUUGUCUGGUGAGAAGCCUCCUGUCAUCAUUUGCAGCCAACCAACAGAUAAUGAUCAAAAUGAUGAAUUCAAUGAUGCAGACUUAGAUGAUGAAAUUCUGUUUGAAGAAAGUUUUGUUUACCCUGAAACACCAUCUGAACUUUCUGUUUCUGAGAAAUAUGAUCCCUCAGAUGAUGAAUUAAAUGUCAUGGAUAAUAUUGUGAGUGAGUAUCUGCAAUCAGGAAUAGUCAGCGAUCCUGAUGAUUACGAUGAUUCAUUAUCACCUCUUCCUGAUCAAUCACAUACAAUGAGCAAUCAAGAACAAGUACCAGAUACUACAAUAGAGGAUCAGCAGGGACCAGAAAUAGAGGUGAUCAUUACCAAGAGUGAAGCAGUUUCUCCAGACCUUGAAGAGCCUCAAACAGUUGAAGAGAAAGAAGAAAAGGAAGUGGAAAUUGCCGGUUAUUUGACUUCAGAAGAGCAACAACCAGAGACUGCUAUAGAAGAAGAUGAAGGGCAAGAUAUAGCUGAACAGACUCCAGAUCUUGAAGAAUCUAUCUCUUGUGAACCUGAAAGAGUCCCAGAAGAAGCACCCGAACCAGAAGAGGAACCCAAGAUAUGCUCUCCUCCUGUACCUAUACCAGAGCCUCCUAAAGUCACCUUUAUUGACUCCAUUACAGUGACUAGUUACAAACCAACAGAGCCUAAAGAGAAAAAAACUGAACCAAUUAAACCAAUUCUGAAGCCAUCAAAGCCUCCUGUACCAAUCAUGGAAGACAAACCAGCUACACCAGAGACUCCAGCCAAGAAGCCAAAACCAAGACCGUUGGUUGAGCGCCGAGAAGCUGAUUUAAGACCACAGGUUAAAGCUGGAAUAAUAUUAAAGCCAGAACCACCAAAGGUAGAAGAGGAGAAAAAAGAGGAGAAGGUUGAGGAGCCGAAACCACUGGAAGAAAAACUACCAGAGCCUGAGUUCGUCCAUGCACCGGGUGCGUACAGAAUGUAUGAGUCUAUGGAUUUGGCCCAGCAUGAAUUAGAAAAAGUAAAGAACAAGAAGAGUGAGGCAAAUAAAACACUUACUAGUACAAUGCCUUUGCCGCAUGCUGCAGCUUCUGGCCAUCAAUUGUUUCCUGAAAGUAACACAGUGAUCCACUCAGUCUUGGAAGAUGAAAGGAGGAAAAAAGAGGGAAUGAAACCAUGGUUGCAAGGAAGACUAGCAUUGUCUAAACAAACAAGUCGGUUUGAAUUACCUAUGGAUGUCAGACUACUAGAAUCAAUGACUGCCAUGGAGUACUUAACAAAAUAUUGCAUAAUAAGCACAAGACGGAAGGCAUUAUACAAGCAUACAUUUAAAAAAGUUGAUAAAGACAGAGAUGGAACUAUUUCAUUUAGAGAGCUGGACAAAGGCUUACGAGAAAUUCAUGUUGACUCAAUUGAUAUCAAAGAAGUGCGUAACAUUAUUGAGAUGAUUGGGGCAGAUGAUAAAACUAAGUUCAACAUGAAGCAGUUUUCUGCUAUUGCUGCCUUUUCUGAAAGGAUUCUCUUCUCAAAUUUUGUAACUGAAGAAACGAAAAACAUCAACAGCACUAAAGAAAUCAUUGAAAAAGCUGAUUUUUGCAGCUUAAAAUCAAAACUUGAUGGUUUUAAUGUGAAUCCUACUGUAAGAAAGAUCCUAGAGUCACUAUAGUCAGGAUGUCAAGAUAUUUGGCUCAUAGUUAAUGCACUUAAAAUACUAUACAUAUUAGUUAAUCUAUUUUUAUAUAAGAGUACUUUCAUUAUUAAUAUAGAGAACUAGUUAAAAUACCUGUUGACAAUUAAUGAAAUGAAAAAGUGAAAAAACAUAUGCAAUGAAAAUUUUUCUAGAUUUGACUCUUUGAAGCUCUUUUUAGAAUCAAUCAUUUGUUCUCCUGCACACACCUCCACCUUUUGCUAAUGUUUUCUUGUUUUUCAAGGAAAUGUGAGCAAACAGGGUAGAGCCUGAGCAGUUGGCACAUGCAUAAAACAAAAAAUGGCAAAUGUGAUUCUAAAAAUAGCAUCAAAUAGUGCCUAUGAUGGUUUUUAGUAUAAAAAACAGAGAUUCCCUCUCUUACUUGGUACAUGUUUGUGUAAUCUAAACAACUUCCAGACGACUGCUUUUUCGUUUUCUCUAGAAACUUAGACUGUUGUAAAUUUGCUGUAUAGAAGGCAAAAUACAAGAAAUGCUGUGGUAAAUGCAGCAAUGAAAAUGAAUCGUAUAUGUAAUUUCAUAUUAAGAAAUUUAUAAAAAUUAAUACAUUUUCAAUUAGCUUAGCUUAGUAACAUAAUUUAUUUAUCAUCAUCACAGAAUUUUGGAUUCAAUUUUUGGUUUUAUUAGUAAUUAUUUAUUUAAAGAACCAUGAAGAUAUAAAGAUAAGAAAACCAAGAAGCAAGGAUUAUUUUUAGUUGAAACAAAAGACAAUAGUAAAAGAUAAUUAAUUAAAUUGAGUCCAAACUAGACGUGCAUUUAUUUGACUUUAUAUAUUAUUAGAACUCAUUUAUUUGAAUAUUUCCAAAUAAGUAUUUGGAUUAACUACAUAAUCACAAUAAUUAUAGUUUAAUGUACACUUCAUCUGAUGUACAAAGUUAUACAUUUCUUUACCAAAAUAAUUUAAAUAAAUUUAUUUUUUAACGAUUUCUUUGCAGCUUAUUUAAAGUAUUUACUUUAUAGCAAUGGGAUGUCAAUAAUCCUCUACACAAAAAUGUAAAUCUGGAGUGGGUUAACAACCUCAAUAAGUUAUCCAUUCGAUAUCCAGUGAAAAGUUAUCAAUAUAAAAUCCAGUUAAUGAUUCUUAUUUGAGCUUUGUGCAACUGAAUAAGAAUAUUCACAAUCUGGAUAAAGUUUAUUCACUGGAUAAGGAUAUAUCUGGGCCCACUUGUACGAAGUAUGGAUAGUGCUAUUCAAUGGAUAAAUCUUAUCCACUGGAUAGAUUUAUUGGAUAAAAGCAUCACUAUAUAUACCACCUGAUAACGGUACCCACCCUAAGUACAAGCAGGCCCUGGUGGAUGAUGCAUAUUCAGUCUUCUUACAAAUGGCUCCCAACCAAUUCUCUAUAUAGCCAAGGUCCUUGAUAUGGGGAUUUGGGAAGAGAAAGGGGAGAAGGUAAAAGGAGGGGGGUUCUGAACCUAUUCUAGGCACUCCUUCAAUCAAGUUAGUAGAAAGAGUUAGCUAGAUGGCUAUGAUGUUGACAUAACAGUUUUUGUUGUGCAAAACAAAUACUACAGAUGUCAGCGAACUGGGUUUUCGUGCCAGAAAAACAUGUUUAUCGAAAUAACAAUAUGAUAUUUGACCAUGGCAUGUUUUCUGGUGUGAAAUCCCAGUUUGGUGACUUCCAUAGCAUCAAGCUGGCUUACUUUCUACUUUGAAAACCACCUAAUUUUACUUAAACUGUUAACAUAGGACUCACCCAGGAUGAUCUACACUACCAUCUGUCCAAUGAUUUCAUAUUUGGCAUAUUGUCCAUUAUCAAUAUGGAAUGACCUUAUAUCAAUAAUUUUCCUCCAUCCUUUUCUAGCCAAUACACAUGGUUUCUUUUCAAAUUAUUAUCUAGUACCAACAAUAUUCCAAGGAUGAAAACUUAAGGCCAUGCUCCAUUAACUAAGCAUCAGUUUAAAGUCACCUUCAUUUUGCAUGAUGGAUGAACAAAGAACAGAAAAACUCCAAAAUCCUCUUCUCUUGCUUACCUACCAGCUGAGUUGACUGCGAUCCCCAAAAGGGAAUAUGGGUCAAAUAUUUUUGGUUAGCAUUUUCCUAGCCAGGGCUGAGUACAAUGUAGGUUUCUCGUGUUGAAUGGACCAGAAUUCCACCAUGAGUUCAACUAGCAGCAUUUACAAUAAAUUUAAA